UCCCGGGCGUCAAGACCUCCCCUCCUCUGCGGGAAACACCUUCCAAUGUUUGCUUUCUUGGUUAUGGUGUCGGCGGCUCGUGUCUCGGGGACCAAUCUCAAAGAAAUGCGGUCAGCCGUGGCCGCGACCCAGCUCAUACUGGCUCAACAGGCGCAGUUAUUCAAAGGAGUCUUGAACGCUACAGACUAUGACUGCUAUCAUCAAGAAGUAGCUGACCACCGGACGGCCAUGGCGAAGGAAUGCCCCUAUCCUUACAGUAACUUUAUGGGCGAGUGUUUCUUCAUCAGCAAGGCCAAGCUGAAAUGGCCCGAUGCCCGUAAUCACUGCCUUGACAUGAGUGGCGACCUGGCAGUGCCCACCAAGCUGUAUGCUCUCAAGACGCAUGUGAUUGAGGAAAAAGGGUCAAGGUCAACGUGGGUCGGAGGGCAGGGCGAGGAGGACGGCAGCGGCUGGCACUGGGUGAACGGGCGGCCCAUCGACGACGCGUACUGGGCAGCGGGGUUCCCUGUCACGGAUCCCAAGACUCGACAGUGUGUGGAGCUGAGGAGCACCAGCCACCCCCCUCUGAAGAACAAGCUGUGUUCCGCACUGCUCAGGUUCAUCUGCCAAUACAACUAAAAAUGAUAUAUGUAAAUCAGGCAUUUUAUGUCUAUUUUAGCAAGUUAUCUGUCGCUCCCGUGGAGUUUAUACUUCAGCAUAGAAACAGUAAAACUGUUUGGCUUAUAGGUGAUUGGAGUAUGGUGUAUCAUCUAGAUUUUAUUUACAAGGUAGUUGUGAUUUUUAUUUAUAAAAAAUAAUUUCAUUUUGAAAUGAAAAUGUUGUUCCUUUCGGUGAAUUUGUUUCAAAUAACUAUACAAUGUAAACAGAGUACAAAUAUACUGUAUUGUGUUGACUUUUUAUGAAAUAUUAUUCCGAUUUGUAUUGUUU